GAUCGUCUCCACAGCUACGCAACUUAUGACAGCUUGUUGACUGAGCGGUGUGUCACGCGACAGUACUGUGACACACUGUUUUCUGUUGACUUCCAGUUCUCCUUUGACGAAGUGUUGACUAUAGACUUGACAAAGUAAGCAUUUCAGCGCUGAGUUAAUGGAGAUAACUGAACACCACUGGGGCGUACUUCAAUAAUUAAAGGUUUGAGCUCUUAUUGCACACAAGAAGUUAAGUCACUGAAAGUUGGGAAUGGCUAACAACAGGGAUGCCAACGAGAGCACCCCUCUUUUGGACUCAGAUUCUGGCCAAAGACCUUCACCACCAUCAGUUUUCCAGGGAAGGAGACUGGCAUGUGCAGCCAUCCUGCUGGCUGAAUCAUUAGAAAGGAUUGCAUUCUACGGCAUCACAUCCAAUCUUGUUCUUUUUCUCAAUGGUAGUCCCUUUUAUUGGGAGGGCACUCAGGCGAGCCAGGCACCUCUGAUGUUCAUGGGAGUUACUUACCUGAUUUCACCAUUUGGAGGCUGGUUGGCAGAUGCUUACCUCGGGAAGUUCUGGACGAUAGCCGCAAGUUUGAUCCUGUAUUUUAUCGGCAUGCUGUUUUUCCCUUUCAUUUCAAAUGAUGAAACCAGGAUAGACCUGUGUGGAGAAGAGAUGGCGUUUCCUGUGCAACCUGCAGAGUGUCAGAACAUUACCACUGCAAGCAAUGUGACCUGCCCUAUUCGAGCCCCAUAUUGUGGCCCAGUAGUCUACACAGGACUUUUUUUGAUUGCAUUAGGUGUGGGAACUGUGAAGUCAAACAUCACUCCCUUUGGGGCAGAUCAGGUCAAAGACAGAGGACCAGAGGCCACGCGAAGGUUCUUCAACUGGUUCUACUGGUGCAUCAACCUAGGAGCCAUCCUGUCUCUGGGAGGGGUGGCCUACAUCCAGCAAAACAUCAGCUUCGUGCUCGGCUACAUCAUUCCCACUGUGUGCCUCGGGAUCUCCUUCCUUGUUUUCCUCCUGGGCCGGACUGUCUUCAUCACCAAACCUGCUGAUGGCAGCGCCUUCACAAAUCUCUUCAAGAUCCUGGGCUUUGCCUGCUGCUCCAAGACACCAAAGGAGUCUAACAUGCUCCGCAACAAGCCAACACUGCUCGACAGUGCUAAAGUGACCUAUGGAGGAAAAUUUCCAGAAGAGAAAGUCGAGGAGGUGAAAGCAUUGGUGAAAAUCCUCCCAGUUUUCUUCGCCCUUAUCCCGUACUGGACUGUGUACUUCCAGAUGCAGACAACCUACAUCCUGCAGAGCCUUCAUCUGAAGAUCCCUGGUAGUGCCUCGAACAACACAGCUGAACCCCAAAAGAUGAUGUUCCACUUCCCAGCCGCCUGGCUCACCAUGUUCGACGCAGUGCUCAUCCUUAUGCUGAUUCCCCUUAAGGACAAAGUGGUGGACCCCAUUCUGAAACGGCGCGGCCUGCUGCCUUCUUCCCUGAAGAGGAUUGCAGUCGGGAUGUUCUUUGUUAUGUGGUCGGCUGUGGCAGCGGGUAUCUUGGAGACCAAACGCCUGGAGAUCAUACAGUCAAAUGGAACCAUUGACCAGGUGGUUGGGAAAGUUAUCUACUACGCAGCAGAUUUACCCAUAUGGUGGCAAGUGCCUCAAUAUGUGCUGAUAGGAAUCAGCGAAAUCUUUGCCAGCAUUGCAGGUCUGGAGUUUGCCUACUCUGCGGCCCCCAAGUCCAUGCAGAGUGCCAUCAUGGGGCUCUUCUUCUUCUUCUCUGGGAUUGGCUCCUUCGUGGGCUCCGGUUUGUUGGCAAUCGUUUCCCUGAAGGCAAUUGGCUGGAUGUCAUCACACAAAGACUUUGGUAAUAUCAAUGAAUGCUCUCUGCACUACUACUUCUUCCUGCUGGCAGGGAUCCAGGGCGUCACCUUGCUGGUCUUCCUUAUUGUCUCUGUCAAAUAUGACAAGCAGAAGAGCAGGGCGGGAAGCCAAAGGCAGGGACACACCUCCUCUUGACCUCGACACCCCCCACAACCCCCCUCACCACACCUGCCUUCUCCAGUCACAUUGCUUAGUGCCCAAAGACCCUGGGGAAUAGGUAAUGGAAUCCUACAAAAGUUUUGGAUUUACCUCGUUCAUAAGAGCCACAUAUGAUCACGGCAAUAUCUCUUAUUUAUGUUUAUUUUACCUUUAAAAUUGGAGACUCUUUAGCCUUUUUUAUGACCUUAAUGGUUUUAGAUCGCUGUAUGAAGGCACAGGUACUGCUGAAAGUAAUGCAGGAGCCAUGUCUGAAUCUCCUUCACUCCUGUGUGUUUACUCAUGUUGCCUUUCUUUGAUCAUUUGCACUUGACAUGAGGAGUGGUGCCAUAAAAAAUACAAUAUCUAGGUAUUUGAUAAUCAUAAAGAGUACUUGUUUUUUAAAGUUAUAGUUUUACUCUCUGUUUUCUAACAGUCUUAUUUUUUGACUAACCAUUUUACUGACCUGAUAUUUUGUCAAACUGACUGUUUAAAUGAUUUAUGGACGUGCAAGCCCUCAUUCCAAUAAAGUUAGGACACUAUAUAGAACAUAAAAAACAAACUAGAAUGUGAUUUGCUAAACUCAGUUGAAAAAAGUAUAAAUACAAUAUAUUUAAUUUUUAACCUCAUAAACCAAAUUCAUUUUGUAAAUAUAUGCUUAUUUUGAAUUUGAUUAAUUGUAUUCUGUUUUAUUUGGUUUUUUUACACAUUGUCCCAACGUUUUUGGAAUCAGGGUUAUACUCCACAAUUUAAAAUUGGGCUACUUGUGCAUUUAAUAUAAUCAAUACCUAGCCAAUAACAUAGCUGUGAUUGCAUUAAAUGGUACAUUUGUUUUAAAUGAAUAGUUAACUCAAUAAUAUAAAUUUGGUCAUUAUUUACUAACCCCCAUGACGAUGGAAAGUCAGGUGAAGUUUCACGGUUCACAAAACCUUUCUGACGUCUAACAGCUAAACAGCUUGGCAGCGUUCUCCUGAACAACUCGAGUAAACAACUAAAAAACAUAGCUAUUAAAUUACUCCAUGCAGCUCGUCCAGUGUAUUCCAAGUCUCCAGCUGCCCUGAGAUACUACACUGAUUUAAAAAACGAUCUUUAGAUUAUUAGAAUGUUAUUUACACCCUUUUUUAAGUGGAAAUCUUCACUGAGGCUGCUAAGCUAGGCUCUCGUGGCUUCUGUAGAUUUGGAUCACAAGGGAUGAGCUGUAUGGAGUAGUGCUGCACAAUAUUGGAAAAAACUAAGAUAACUAACUGUGAUUUGGUUUUGUGCGUUGUAUAUUGUGAUCUUAAAAGAAAAUCAUCCUAAUAUCCUGAACAGCUUUUUUGGAGAGAAAACAAAAAUCACUCUAGUGUGAUGGGGCUGAUUUUGUAGUGGGGUGCGUUUUAUCAAACCAAAGCAGGUAAUGCUGUGUUUGAUAAAUUGAUCAAGAGUGAUUGCGGCUCACAACCACGAAACAGAGAUCCAUUAAAUUGGACUAAAUUAUUCAAUAUUAGACAGAUUUCUCUCAAAGACUUGUCAUGGAGAAUGAGAAUUGUGCCAGUAAUCGCAUGACAUGUUUGAGUUAAUUUGCCUUACUUGACGUUGCGCAGGCACACAUCUGCAUGUUGAUGCUUAAAUGACAUAUUGCACAGCCCUAAUUUGGAGCCAUUUAAUAUUCAUUUUGGUUGUUUUGUAUGUUUUUAAAACAAGUCCCAAGCCACUUUAGAUGUUUAGGAUAAUGCCUCAAUUCUGAUUUGCUCUGAAAUAUUUUGUGGACUAUGAACCCACUUGAAUUUACAUCUACAUGGGAGUGCGUAGAUAACGACCAAAUUUUCAAUUAUGGAUGAACUUUUCUCUUAAUUCUGGAUGGUAUCAAUGUUGAGACAGAAGAGGGCUAUGUUUGAGCAGAUUCCAAAUAGACUCUGUUUGGCGAAUCUGAUAUUCAAAUCUAAUAUUGAGAGAAAAACGAUCUUGCACAUUUGUUUCCCCUGCCUGUGAUUACAUACUGUAAAUCCACAUAAAUCCGCCUUAAAUCCUCAAACAGCUCCAUACAUGAAUAAUGAUAACUCCUCGUGUUAAAAAUACUCCAUGUCUCAGAUGAAGCUUCACAGCAGUUUUUACAUUUCUGGUCAAGCUGCAAAACGGCAUGGUUGCAUGACAAACAAAUAAUUAGAGAGUAACCUUAAGCUUAACAGGCAACCUUGAGUUAAGAUCUUAAAAAAAAAAAAACAUCCACUGCAUUAAUGCUUGGAUCGUGAUGAAAAAGAGUGCUGGAAAUGAGUAAGUACGAAUGAAAAAUGUAACCCAUUCACAUUGACAUAGAGUUUCAGAACAAAAUAAGCCACAAAUAUCAGUUUUUGUUGUCCGCAACUUUCUACAGUGUCAUCGCAGCUUUGCCAGGAAAUACGUUGCUCUUGUAUUUAUGAGACAGUGAUGCAUUUAUUUUAGCUAAAAAAAAAAAAUGUGUGUGAGUGUGUGUGUGUGUGUGUGUUCAUACGUGUGUGUUUCUCAGAAUAGGUACAGCACAAGGUACGGACUUUUACUAAAACAAAAGACCUCAGGGCUCGAACAAAAGCACGGAGUCACAUAACGCUCCAGGAAAUUCAAAACUGCCUUUCAAAGCACAGAACAGUGUUCAUCCUGUGGUGUACAUACAGUUGCAUUUGUAAGAGCACAUAAAAAGCAAGAAGCUAUCUCGGUACAGAUGGUAUGUGAUGCCUGUCUUUUGUGAUUUUCGUUUUGUGUUUAAUUGGAUAUUCCUUGUUUUACUGCAUAUUUUAUAAAUAUUUUUGCUUUGUCGUCUCAGUCUUCUAAAAAGAAGAUUGAUUUUGUGUUCUUGUUUUUUUUUGUGAAAGAUAAUCUGUUUUCAUAAUGCAACAGAACUGGAAUAUUGUUUUGUGGUUAUGUUUUUGGCCAUUAAAGUUCAUUAAAUGAGAA